AUGGCUGCGGUGGACCUAGGCCGAUACCGUCGCAUCGUUCAGAUGUUUUGGGAUCCCGAACCCACCAACGAUCACCAGAGCGAUCUUCCAGUCUGGUGCUUGGGUCGCUCCUACACGCUGAAUACUAAGGUUACCAGAGAGAAAAAAACAGAUGAUCGAAGCCAGACCCCUCCUCCGACCGAACCUAUCGAAACCAACCCAAAAUCUGCCCUGGGGUCAGCUACAGCGUCAACCUCGACCAAGAGCCCGGAAACCCCGCCAGAUUCUGUGUCCAGCAGCUUUUCGUCCUCGCUUGCUUACGAUGGAGAUUACUUGGAUCAGGAUGGUGGAUGGCCCUCGGCCUUUCUCGACGAUUUUGAAUCCAAGGCCUUGGCCAACGCUCAAGAACAGCAGCCUCUCCGAGUGUACUCCACCGGAGACGGACCUGAUGUUUACGAGGAGAACUUCAUGAAGAUCGCUAAACCCGAAGGUUCUCGGUUCUAUCCGACACUUAUCUUGGUUGGUACAAGGCUCGGAAUCGACAAGAUUACCCCGGUCUAUUGGGAAGCUCUCAUAGCCGCACUACAGAUGCCACAGUCCGUGGGCAUCGCAGGUGGCAGACCUUCCUCUUCUCACUACUUCAUUGGCGCACAGGGUUCUAACUUGUUCUACCUUGAUCCACACCACACGCGACCAGCCCUUCCCUUCCACACGGAUCCUUCUCGCUAUAGUGAAGCAGAUGUUGAUACAGUGCAUACUCGACGCCUACGCCGGCUUCACAUCAGGGAGCUGGAUCCGAGUAUGCUCAUUGGGUUCCUGAUCCAGGACGAGGAUGAUUGGGUUGAGUGGAGGCGCAAUGUGAAGCACGUCCAAGGAAAAGCAGUGAUUCAUGUCGCGGACUACGAUCCAGUCUCCAGUGGUGGUGGAGGAGAAAGACACAGCGCCAUCGACGAAGUUGAAACGCUUAGUGAUGACGACAGCGACACCAUCUUGAACGCUUGA